UGUCGUACCGGCACGCGCAAAAAGCACAGAGCAGCUGCAGCGGCAAGAGGAGCUCGCGCGUCUUCCACAAACACGCACAUUGAUAACGCGCGCAGACGUCUGUAUUCACCGUAACCGCGAACAUGGUGGACCGUGAGCAGCUGGUGCAGAAGGCCAGACUGGCGGAGCAGGCGGAGAGAUAUGAUGAUAUGGCUGCCGCAAUGAAAUCGGUAACAGAGCUGAAUGAGGCCCUGUCCAACGAGGAGAGGAACCUGCUCUCCGUGGCAUACAAGAACGUGGUGGGCGCACGGCGUUCCUCCUGGCGCGUAAUCUCCAGCAUCGAGCAGAAGACAUCCGCCGACGGCAACGAGAAAAAGAUAGAGAUGGUUCGUGCCUACCGAGAGAAGAUCGAGAAGGAGCUGGAGACCGUUUGCCAAGACGUGCUCAACCUCCUCGACAACUUCCUUAUCAAGAACUGCAGCGACACCCAGCAUGAGAGCAAAGUCUUCUACCUGAAGAUGAAGGGCGACUACUACCGUUACCUGGCGGAGGUGGCCACGGGUGAGAAGAAAGCCACAGUCGUGGAGUCUUCUGAAAAGUCCUACAGCGAGGCCCACGAGAUCAGCAAAGAGCACAUGCAGCCCACGCAUCCCAUCCGCCUGGGCCUGGCGCUCAACUACUCCGUCUUCUACUAUGAGAUCCAGAACGCGCCCGAUCAGGCCUGCCAUCUUGCCAAGACAGCUUUCGACGACGCCAUCGCCGAACUGGACACCCUCAACGAGGACUCCUACAAAGACUCGACGCUCAUCAUGCAACUCCUGCGAGACAACCUGACGCUCUGGACGAGCGAUCAGCAGGACGACGAGGGCGGUGAGGGCAACAACUAAACGCAGUGGAAAACAGUAGAUCUUUGAGACCCUUUCCUCUCAGCCGUAACAUCACAAGCGUGCUCACACAAUAAAGAAAAACAAAAAAUCUAAGUAUACGUUAAACGAAAAAUUCACGAAGGGCGCAUGGUUGGAUCGCAGUCCGCCACGUUUGCCGAUGGUAAAGCAGCGCAGUUUUCUUUAUUUUUCCACACGAAAAAAUUACGGUUGUAAGAAAUUGAUAGUUAAAUAAAGAUGGUAUGCUUCGAAUUAAAGAAAAUAUACGCAGCUUAAAAGGAAAAAUUUAUUGAAAUAUUUCUUCGGUUAGUUCUGACAACACUGAGGAAGACGAUUGUCAGUCGGUCCGUCAGGAGUUGUACGAAGACGAAGGGUUACGACACACACAAACACGGCAUAGAGACUGUUCUCGUAACACGGCUGAAUAUAUUAAUGUACAUUAUGGCUGCACCGGGUGCGAACGAUCGCGUUAAUGUCUAAUAUACGUACGUAAAGAUUCAGAAUUCCACCCAGUAAUGUUCGUAAGUCAUUUACGUCAAACUGGUUUUCAGUGCCACGUAAAAAUACACAUCUCACCAUUGAACGACAGUAUUACAGUUAUGCCCAUUAGGUGCGCGGCAGUAACACUGUUUGGAUUUCCCGGGUUACAUGUAACUUCCUGUCAAAAAAGGAAAACUCGUCAUUAUUAUCAUUAUUAUCGAUGACAGUGUUUCAAAAGUGAAAUACUGCGUCAAGCCUGACCCACAUUGUAAAAAAAAAUUCAAAUUUAAAUUGAGUAUUCUGUGUCAGGAAUAUAGACAAAUAAAGGUAAAAAAUAUAUACAAUUUGCAAAAAGAAAUUACAAAUAAAAUCCUGGCACUGUUAAGGUAUCACCCAGACCUGUGGUUUGACACACUCGAUAACAGGUACCAUAGACUUUUCUUAGUUUGGUUUAUUUAUUUUGGCAAAAAAGCGUUUUUGACAGUGCACUAGAAAUUGAGCUUUGAGAUUUGUGAUUCUUUUUUUCCCUUUUUUUCUUGAAAUGCACUUGCCUGUUAUACUGUUUCUCGGUGUAGGACGAUUACAGAUAAUACAAUAUUGUGCAUGCUGGUGAUGUAUUUAUAUACCAUAGCUCGACUUUAUUAACUUUACAAGGUGUAGAUGUUAUGUAUUCAUAUGAACAAGAAAUGCCUAGAAUUUAAUCUUUUCUAUUUAUUACUUUAUAUUGGAUUGUUAAAAUAUGUUAAGAUUUUACUUAGGUUUAUUUUUUCCUCGCUGAAGUUUGCUUUACCAAAAACAAUGCGGGUCCACCAUAAAUGAACCUGUUAUGGGUGUUGCUCUAGUGACAUGCAAUUCUUGUAUUUGGUUUUUAAUAAACAAAAAAGGUGAAAAGACAAAAAAUAAGCAUAAAAAAAGACGAAAUCAGCAGUGCUCUUUACCGUGUCUGGUGUUUGUCAUGGUUAACUAUGAAUACAUUUUAAACCAAUUAAUGUUGUUCUUCAAAUGAUUUCUCCUUUCUGUGAAAUUUCUGUCCAAAUCUACUGUGAGCUAUUGAAGAUUUGCUGUGAUAUUAGUUUUGGUUUUCACUCAUGGUACAUUAACUCUUUUGUUUUCCACGUCUACUGGUAUCUUAAAUGUGAGUCAUGUAGCGGAUGCACAUAAGAAACAUAAUGAUGAUGAUAAUAAUGAUAACUGAAAAAUAAAAACAUGACUGUGCUCUUCUAACCACCA